GAACAGCAACAAGAACUUUGGAAGGAAGUUGCUAAUAAGUUAAUGGAAGAAUUAGAAAAAGACCAAGAUGCUCCUCGCUGGUUAAAUACAGAAGGAACAGGAGUUUAUUAUUUACACGUGCGAAUUGAUAAAAGCAAUGGAUUUUAUUCGAAUUAUCCGGAAUAUGCUAA